GGCACCGAUAACAUUGCUUAUGCGGCAAAUGGCGGAAGAAAAAAGUUGUACCGAACAAGAUUAAAAUUUUAUCAAAACAGAAUACCAAUAUGCCUAGGAUCGACGCUUCCAGAUUUGCUGGAAGUAAAAAGAAAGUAAAAUCCUUUGCUUACACAUGUUCCCGAAACAUGUUGGCAGCUAUAAACUCUAUAUUUAUUUUUAUUGGUUUGAUCUUGAUUGGGAUAACUGCAGCCGCAAAAAAAGAAGCAGUAAUUGUUUCCAUACCAGCUCUUGGUGGAUUGAUUGCUUGUGGUGUGUUUCUUCUACUGAUUGCUAUACUUGGAUUGAUUGGAGCUAUACGCCACAACCAAAUCAUUUUGUUCUUUUAUAUGAUUAUUAUGAGUAUCUUGUUUAUUCUGUUGUUGGCUUUCUCUGUCGCAGCCUUGGCUAUAACAAAAGACCAACAACAAGACUUGAUUCGAAAGGGAUGGUUAGCCCUAAAGCAGAGUGACCCAGUUCAGCUUAAACAGCUAGAAAAGAAACUUCAUUGUUGUGGUUUAGAUAAUGAAAUUAGAAACACUACAUGUGAGGCUGACAAUAAAUACGCUAAGGUGCGAUGCUAUGAUCAAAUUGGUGGACCUUUGGACAAAGGAUUGUCUAUUGCUGGAGGUGUUGGACUCUUCUUUUCAUUUGCGUUGUUGCUUGCUGUUUAUCUGACUGUACGCUAUCGAAAUCAAAAAGAUCCGCGAAUGAAUGCUGAUGCUUUUUUGUGAAACAACUAUAUCAACGUGUUGCCAUGAUACAAAGAGCUUAGCCUCUGGAAUAAUAACAACAAUUUUAAUAUUAGUAGAAGAGUUACCGCUGUGGUAUUGUGAUGACUUCUCUAUGUAAUUUCAGUUUCAAUUCUUUACGCAGCUAUAUUUUAAUGAAGGACACUUGGUUGAAUUUUUUUUAUUUAUUUGUAACAUUUAAGGAAUUAAAUUUAAUGCCUGAAAA